AUGGAAGACCAGUCCGAGUUCUGGUACUUUGCGUAUGGGUCCAACAUGCGCCGGUCGACCAUGACCGGCCGCGGCAUCACCCCGCAGGCGACCGCCGUCGUCGAGGUGCGCACCCACUAUCUCACCUUCGACAUCUUCGGCAUCCCGUACUCGGAGCCCGCGUACGCCAGCAUCGCCCCGUUCCCCGCCCCGGGCUCGGCGUCCGUUUCGGUCUCGCUGGUCGGCGGGGGCGCCACCCCCGCCCCCGGGGCGGACCGCCCCCCGGGAGGCGUCGCGGUCCCCGCCGUGAUGGGGGUCGCGUACCGUCUCUCCGCCGAGGACCGGCUCCGGCUGCUGGUGAGCGAGGGCAGCGGCGUCGUCUACAACUGGGUGCAGGUCGAGGGACACGUCGUGGAUGAGGGAGAGGGGAAGACCAUCACGGCGUGGACGUUGCAGGCGAAACAUCCACAGCGCCCAAAUGGGCUGCCCAGCAGGCGAUACAUGAACCUCUUUCGUGCCGGCGCCAAGGAAUACAACCUCCCGGCUUCAUACAUCGAGUACCUCAACUGGCUGCCCUGCUAUGAAGCACCGUCCAAGGACCGCGCCUGGCCAAUGGGCCAGUAUCUCUUUGAAUAUGGCUGGCGACCACUGGCACGGCAGGUUAUCCGGUUGACGACCAGAACCGAUGAACGCGGAAACUGCUCGCCGCUCCUUGCCCAAUGUAUUGUUGCGCUGUAUCGCGGCAUGUGGAGGUAUCACGACAGCCUGCAUGUCCAUCUCUUUGGCCGAGGGGAUGGAGGGAAGCUAGUCUACAAGAUCUAG